AUGAGUAUUGAAAAACCUGUAGAAUAAUUAGAUAUAGAAGAAAGCAAAAAAUAAUAUAAUAAUUUAUAAUUAUAAACGGAUAAAGAUGGAUUUAAAAUACCUUUAACAAAAAAAUAAAUUUAAAAAUAAGAAGAAUAAAAAAAAGAAAUAAUACAACAAUAACAAAACUAAGCAAAUUAAUAAAUAUACAUAAUACCAAUUAAUGAAGUAUAAAUUAUCAAAUAUUUAGGAAACGGAUCUUCAGGUACAGUUUAAUAAGGUUAUCAUGAAAAAACUAAUACAUUGCUUGCUUUAAAAGUAAUUACUAUUAAAAAAAAAUAAAAAAAACAAUAUAUCUAUUAAUUAUAUAUAUAUAAAUAAAAAAAGUAUAUAAAUUUACAUACAGAUGAAUAAUUUAAAAAGUAAAUUAAUUUAGAAUUAAAUACACUUAUUAAUUGUGAUAAUAUACAUAUUAUUAAGUGUUAUGGAGCAUGGAAAAUUACUAUAGCAUUAGAAUUAAUGGAUAUGGGAACUUUAGGAGAUUUAAUAAAAUAAUUUCAAUAUAUUCCAGAAACAAUAAUAGGAAUUAUAACAUACUAAGUCUUGAAAGGUUUAGAACAUCUACAUAAAAAAAUAAAAGUCAUCCAUAGAGAUAUAAAACCUUCUAAUUUAUUAAUAAAUUCUUAAGGAAUUGUUAAAAUUUCAGAUUUUGGUGUAAGUGGGAAAAUUAACCAUACUUUGAGUACUAAAAAUUCUUGGGUUGGUACUGUUUAAUAUAUGAGUCCAGAAAGAUUACUUGGAAACGAUUAUUUCAGUGAUACUGAUUUAUGGGCAUUAGGGAUUACUAUUGUGGAAUUAGCUUGGGGGAAAAUGCCUUUUAACGGAAUGGGAUAUUGGGAGUUGACUAAUAAUAUAACUUCUGGUCCUAUUCCUUAACUCCCUUAAAACUUUUCGGAUGAAAUUAAAGAUUUUGUUAAUAUAUUAAAUAAAGUGGAAUGA